AUGGGUGAGGUAAAUAAAGAUGCCGUUGAAAAAUACUUGGAGAACAAUCCCCAGUUUGCCAAGGAGUAUUUCGACCGAAAAAUGAGACCUGAAGUGGUGGGAAGCAUCUUUAACGUGAACCCUGGAGAUGUGAAGGAAGGAAUCAGCUUCAAAGAAAUGUCCCGUCUGGAGGAGAGUAACAUAAUUUUUGAGUUGGUAUCAGAACUUCAGGAUGAGGCAUGUGUUAUGGAAAAGAUGGUGCACAAGGUCCUGCAGAGGCUGGCACAGCUGCUGGCAGCUGAUCGGUGUAGUCUGUUCAUUUGUCGCUCCCGAAAUGGUACUCCAGAGGUAGCCUCCAGGAUUCUUGAUAUCACUCCAACUUCCAGCUAUGAGCAGAAUUUGGUGAAACCAGAAAAUGAGACUGUUUUUCCUCUGGACAUUGGGAUAGUGGGAUGGGUUGCUCAUACCAAGAAGUUUUUUAAUAUACCUGAUGUGACAAAGAACAACCAUUUUUCUGACUUCAUGGACAAAAAAACUGGUUAUAAAACAGUCAAUAUGUUGGCAACGGCAAUUACACAGGGUAAAGAGGUGCUUGCUGUUGUGAUGGCACUCAACAAAUUAAAUGCCCCUGAGUUCUCAAAAGAGGAUGAAGAGGUAUUUAAAAAAUACCUCAACUUUAUGUCUUUGAUGAUAAGAAAUAAUCAUACGUCGUAUCUCCACAAUAUCGAAUCACGAAAAAGCCAGAUGCUUUUGUGGUCUGCCAACAAAGUAUUUGAAGAGCUAACAGAUAUAGAACGACAGUUUCAUAAAGCACUGUACACUAUUCGAAUGUAUUUGAAUUGUGAAAGAUACUCUGUUGGUCUGCUGGACAUGACUAAAGAGAAGGAGUUCUACGACGAGUGGCCAAUCCGGCUGGGGGAGGCAGAGCCUUACAAAGGCCCCAAGACACCUGAUGGACGAGAAGUCAACUUCUAUAAGAUUAUUGACUAUCUGUUACAUGGACAAGAAGAAAUCAAAGUCAUUCCGUCACCUCCUCCAGAUCACUGGUGUCUUGUCAGUGGAUUGCCAACAUAUGUGGCUGAAAAUGGUCUUAUUUGUAACAUGAUGAAUGCACCAGCAGAUGAAUACUUCACAUUUCAGAAAGGACCAGUGGAUGAAUCAGGAUGGGUUAUCAAAAAUGUCUUGUCAUUGCCUAUUGUCAACAAAAAAGAAGAAAUUGUGGGAGUUGCAACGUUUUACAACAGGAAAGAUGGAAAACCUUUUGACGAGUAUGAUGAACAGAUCACUGAAACUCUCACACAGUUCCUGGGGUGGUCUGUUUUAAAUACUGACACUUAUGACAAAAUGAACAAACUUGAAAACAGGAAAGACAUUGCUCAGGAAAUGCUUAUGUACCAGACAAAGGCCACCCCUGCUGAAGUUGAAUCUAUCCUGAAAUACAAGGAGAAAUUGAAUGCAAAAAGUUUAGAUGAAUGCGAUCAAAAGGAUCUCAUCAGGAUUUUGAAAGAAGAAUUACCCGAUCCAAAAGAUUUAGAACUGUAUGAAUUCCGCUUCAGUGACUUCCCUGUUACAGAGCAUGGCCUGAUAACUUGUGGAAUACGACUGUUCUUUGAGAUAAAUGUUGUUGAAAAAUUCAAAGUCCCAGCUGAGGUCCUUACAAGAUGGAUGUACACAGUCAGGAAAGGUUAUCGGGAUAUCACUUACCACAACUGGAGACAUGGAUUCAAUGUGGGACAAACAAUGUUUACUCUGCUGAUGACAGGAAAAAUAAAGAAAUACUAUACUGAUUUAGAAGCCUUUGCCAUGGUUGCUGCUGCUUUCUGCCAUGACAUUGAUCACAGAGGGACCAAUAACCUGUAUCAAAUGAAGUCAGCUGCUCCCCUGGCAAAACUUCAUGGCUCUUCCAUUUUGGAAAGGCAUCACCUCGAGUACAGUAAAACCCUGCUGCAAGAUGAGAGCUUAAACAUCUUCCAGAACCUAAAUAAGCGCCAGUAUGAAACCGUUCUGCACUUAUUUGAAGUUGCAAUAAUAGCAACUGACUUGGCUUUGUAUUUCAAGAAAAGAACUAUGUUUCAAAAGAUUGUGGAUGCAAUUGAAAAAAUGGAAUCAGAAGAGCAGGCAAUUAAGUAUAUAUCUAUUGACCCAACGAAAAAAGAAGUCAUCAUGGCUAUGAUGAUGACUGGAUGUGACCUGUCUGCAAUAACCAAGCCCUGGGAAGUGCAGAGUAAGGUCGCCCUCAUGGUCGCAAAUGAAUUCUGGGAGCAAGGCGACCUGGAACGAACUGUGCUACAGCAACAGCCUAUUCCUAUGAUGGACAGAAACAAAGGAGAUGAACUACCUAAGCUCCAAGUUGGUUUCAUAGACUUUGUGUGUACAUUCGUGUACAAGGAAUUCUCAAGGUUUCACAAGGAAAUUACACCUAUGUUUGACGGUCUUCAAAACAACAGGGUUGAGUGGAAAACACGAGCUGAUGAAUAUGAAGAGAAAAUGAAAGCUAUUGAGGAACAAAAGAAAAAGGAAGAAGAAGCAGCUGCCCAGAAAGGAGAAAAUGCUGCCGGAGGUGGUGGAGGUGGUGAAGAAGGAAAAUCCAAAACCUGUGUAGUUUUGUAAUUCUUUGUCUCAGACACUGUUCCUGCUACAAGAAAUGACAUC